AAGGCACUAGGUUAAAAGGUAGGACGGAAUAAAUUGAAGCUAUAUAAACGGGGGAAAUAUCAACACUUUAUCAUAAACCAUUCGUGAAAUAGCACAACACGGUCUAGAAAUUUACACGAGUUUAGAUUUAUACAACAUGGAGGAACAAACUGAAAAGAUCAAACUUGAAAACGGGUCUGAUGUUACGGUAACAACACUAGAAGACGAAAACGGAAACCAGUUUAAAACCGUUACCACCGAUGAAGUUGUCUUUCCAUUUCCAAUACUGAAAGUGGGACCUGAAAAACGAUUUUCUUACGUUAAGAAUUUUAGUUUCAAGGACGGAGAUGUUCUCUUGUGUAGCUAUCCGAAAACAGGUACCCACUGGACAGCAAAUUUGUUACAUUAUUUAAUGUAUGAUGGACCUCUUGAUGCCCUUACCUCACAUCAUCCCUGUCUAAUAGACCGCUUUGAUAUCGAGUCUGCGGAACAGAGAGAAGGCAGACGAAUUGUAACAUCACAUUUCCCGCCAAAGAAUUUACCAACCGAACAUUUCGAAAAAGGCGGGAAAACAGUACUGGUGUUCCGUAAUCCUAAAGAUGCAGCGGUUUCGUUGUAUUAUCAAUUAAAGAAAUUAAAAAUGAUAGGUGACUUUAAGCUGUCAUGGAAUAGUUACAUAGAUUACUGGCUUGAUGGGAAAAUGUUGUACGGAUCUUUCUUUGAUUACUACAAUAAGUGGCAAAAGUUGUUAGAAGAGACGCCAGAUCUUGACGUACUUAUUGUCCAGUAUGAAGACUUGAAAAUGGACAGUUUAAGUCAGUUACGUCGCAUUCAGACUUACCUUGGACUCAGUCAUUCUGACGAAAGACUUCAAGCCGUGUUAGAUAAAUGCUCGCUAGGCAAUCUUAGGGCUGAUGUAGAAAAUGGCAAAGUUAAAACACCGUUAAUUGAUGAAUCAGGGAAAUCAAUUCUUUACAGAAAAGGGAUAAUCGGAGACUGGAAGAACCAUUUUACUGUUGCACAAAAUGAAAACAUAGAGGCGGUGGCAAGUGACAAAUUCAAAAACAGCAUAUUCAACUACAAAGCUUGGGGCUGUUGACAUUUUCUUAGUGAUUUCAAUCAUACGUUUAGAGAUUUUCUUUUUAAAUAAACAUUCAUUUACAGUUGACUUCUAUUUAGGAUAGUAGAUGAUAUGCUCUAUAAUUUUGUUGAAUCAAACAAGGUAUGAUCGAAGAAAAGAUAAUAUCCAUUUGUUUGAAACAAAAUCAAAGAUGUUUAACACAAUCACAGUUGUGUGACACAAUUAUAUUUUAUACAGCAACUGCAACAAGGGAAGGGGCAGAGAUAACAAACUCCUGUACAUUCUUUUGGUAACAGUACUAUAUGAUAUGCCACGUUCGGUAACCUAGACAUCUCUAUGAUCUAAGAAUAAAUGAUAAGCUCACUUUGCGCCAUCGUAUUUUUAAUGCUAACAUGACCUGUUGUUAUAAUAUUUUGUUUGUUAAUAACAAUUGCACGUAA